GCGUGUGUCAUGUCCUGGCUGCCUUUCUGGGGCCCAUGGCCCCUCCUUACGUGGCAGCUAUUGUGUCUACUAGUCAAGAAGGCUCAGCCUCUGGUGUGGGUCAAGGACCCGCUCCAGCUGACCUCUAACCCCCUGGGGCCGCCUGAGCCCUGGUCUUCCUGCUCCUCCCAUCUCCCAUGGGAAUCUCCCCAUGCGCCUACUCCCCCGACAGCCCCAGGGGACUUUGAUUACCUGGAGCCCUCUGCUUCCUCACAGGUGUCAGCCCUGCCCCAAGAAUAGACUGAAAAUUUGGUUCCAUUCCUGGACACGGAUUCAGCUGGAGAGCUGCCCCUGGGGCCAGAGCAGUUCUUGGCCACACAUCAGGAUUUAAAUGACAAGCUGACUCGGCAAGAAAGGCUCCCAGAGGUGGUUCCACUGCUAGACGGGGAUCAGAAUCAGACCCUAGUUCAGCUUCCUUGCCUCAAAAGUAAGGUUCAAACUGCAGAUCUAGAUCGGGCUGCAGGUCAUCAGGCAGGUGAAAUACUUGUUCUGCUAGACUGUAAUGUUUCAAAACCAACCAUAUUUGUUGUUUCGCCCAAGAACCUGAAGAAAGAUCUAGCUGAGCGUUGGAGCCUUACUGAGACUGUUGGGAUUCCACACCAAUUAUCCAAACCUCAGCAUCAGAAAGAGACUUUGGAGGAGGAAUAUUCGAGUAUGGACACAUUGUAUCCCAGCAGCCUGCCUCCAGAACUCCGGGUGAACACAGAUGAGCCUCCAGGGCCUCCUGAGCAAGUUGGACUUUCUCAAUUCCAUCUAGAGCCCAAUCAAAAUCCAGAGACCCUUGAAGACAUCCAGUCCUCUUCACUCCAGGAAGAAGCCCCAGCGCAGCUUCUACAGCUCCCUCAGGAGGUAGAAACUUCAACCCAGCAGGAGGCCCCAGCUCUGCCUCCAGAGUCCUCUAUGGAGAGUCUAGCUCAAACUCCACUGAAUCAUGAGGUGACAGUUCAACCUCCAGGUGAGGAUCAAGCUCAUUAUGACUUGCCCAACAUUACAGUCAGACCUGCAGAUGUGGAGGUUACCAUGACUUCAGAGCCCAAAAGUGAGACAGAAUCUUCCUAAGCCCAGCAGGAGGCCCCAAUUCAGCCUCCAGAGGAAGUGGAACCUUCUGCAACCCAACAGGAGGCCCCAACUGAGCCUCCAGGUCCUCCUAUGGAGCCUGAACUUUCCCCCAGUGAACAGGAGCAGCCAGCUCAGCCUUCUGAGUCUUCUGGGGAGGUUGAAUCUUCUCCAACCCAGCAGGAGACCCCAGCUUAGCCCCCAGAACAUCAUGAAGUCCCAGUUUCACCUCCAGGUCACCAUCAAACUCAGCAUUCAGAUUUUCCCAAUGUCUCUGUUAAACCUCCAGACGUGCAGCUCACCAUAGCAACAGAGCCUAGUGCAGAGGUGGAAACUUCUCCAGUCCACCAGGAGGCUACAGCUCAGCUCUCAGGGCCAGGUAAUGUAGAACCUCCCACCAUCCAGCACGGGGGCCCACCUCUGCCUCCAGUGUCAUCAGAAGAGGCUGGACAUUUAGCAAUUCAACAGGAGACUUCAGUUCAAUCUCCGGAAUCUAUUAAUAACGAGAACCCUUCUCCAACCCAGCAGGAGGCUGCAGCUGAGCAUCCACAGACUGCUGAGGAGGGUGAGUCUUCUCUAACCCAGCAGGAGACCCCAGCUCAGACUCCAGAGCUCCCUAAGGAAGUUGUAGCUCAACCUCCAGAGCAUCAUGAGCAUUCAACAUUGCCCAGUGUCACCGUUCAACCUUUGGGCCUGGGACUUACCAUCAUUCCAGAAUCCACAACAGAGGUUGAACUUUCUCCAACCAUGCAGGAGACCCCAACUCAGCCUCCUAAGAAAGUUGUACCCCAACUUGUAGUAUAUCAAGAGGUAACAAUUCCAACACCAGGUCAGGAUCAAACUCAGCAUCCAAUGUCACCCAGCAUUACAGUUCAACCUUUGGACCUGGGACUUACCAUCACUCCAGGACCCACUAUGGAGGUUGAAUAUUCUACACCCCUGAAGAGGACUAUAGUUCUUCCAAAGCACCUUAAGGUGACACUUCCACAUCCAGACCAGGUUCAGACUCAGCAUUCACACCUGACUGAAGCCACAGUUCAACCUUUGGAUCUGGGGCUUACCAUCACUCCAGAAUCCACAACAGAGGUUGAAUCUUCUACAGCCCUGACAACUACAGCUCCUCCUCCAGAACACCCUGAGGUGACACUUCCACCUUCAGACAAGGAUCAGGCUCAGCAUUCACACCUGAUUGAAGCCACAGUUCAACCUCUGGACCUGGAGCUUAGCAUAACUACAGAGCCUACUACAGAGGUUAAACUGUCUCCAACCACGGAGGAAACCUCAGCUCAGCCUCCAGACCCGGGGCUUGCCAUAACUCCAGAACCCACUACAGAGAUUGGACAUUCCACAACCCUGGAGAAGACUACAGCUCCUCAUCCAGACCAGGUUCAGACUCUGCAUCGAAGCCUGACUGAAGUCACGGGUCGACCUACAAAGUUAGAAUCUUCGCAGGAUUCACUGGUGCAGUCUGAAACUGCACCAGAGGAACAGAUGGCCUCCACAAGCACCAGCAUAUGUGAGCUCUGUACCUGCAGAGAUGAGACUCUGUCACGUGUUGAUCUCAGCCCAAAGCAGAGGCUCCACCAAGUGCCUGUCCCAGAGCCCAGCACCUACAAUGGGAUCUUCACCAUCUUAAAUUUCAAAGGAAACUAUAUUUCAUAUAUUGAUGGAAAUGUAUGGAAAGCAUACAGUUGGACCGAGAAACUAAUUCUCAGUGAAAAUUAUUUGACUGAAUUACAUAAGGAUUCAUUUGAAGGCCUGCUAUCCCUCCAGUAUUUAGAUUUAUCCUGCAAUAAAAUACGGUAUAUUGAAAGACAUACAUUUGAAUCACUACCAUUUUUGCAGUAUAUAAAUCUGGGCUGCAAUUUAAUUACAGAACUGAGCCUUGGAACAUUUCAGGCCUGGCACGGAAUGCAGUUUUUACACAACUUAAUUCUCAAUCGCAAUCCUCUGACUGCUGUCGAAGAUCCAUAUCUCUUUGAACUGCCGGCAUUAAAAUAUCUAGACAUGGGAACAACGCACAUCACAUUUACAAUACUUAACAUUCUCAUGAUGACUGUUGAACUGGAAAAACUAUUCAUUCGCACAAAAGGGCAUCAGAGGAAGAUAAAGAAGACUCAUCAGUGUCAGGCCCCUGAGCCCAAGUUAAGGCAUCUGGAUGGCCUGAAGCCAUGUUUUUAAAAUUUUAUUAUUAAGUUUUUUUUUUUUUUUACUGGUUAAAUCAAUGAAAACAUUCUUUACUUUGUGUUUGUGUUCCUCAAAAUGAGGAUUUUUAACAAUAAUAAAAAUAAACCUUGUUAGAUCAUUUUUAAUGGUAAUAAAUUGGUUCCUGAAGAUUUGACUAAAGAGAAAACUUGGCCAAUCUAAGCAGAGUCCAGAUGAAGUAGAAAGUCCACAGAGAACGGGCAAAAAGGACGUUGUGGAACCACAGACACAGUAAAAGGAAAAAACUGGCCGGGCACAAUGGCUCACACCUAUAAUCCCAGCACUUUGGGAGGCUGAGGUGGGUGGAUCGCUUGAGCCCAGGAGUUCAGGCAACAUGACAAAACCCCCAUUUCUACAAAAAAAAAAAAUGGGCUACAUGACAAAACCCCCAAUCUCUACAAAAAAUACACAAAAAACAUGAGCCAGGCAUGGUGGUGUGCACUUGUAGUCCUAGCUACUUGGUAGGCUGAGGUGGGAGUAUCGCUUGAAUCUGGGAGGUGGAGGUUGCAGUGAGCUGAGGUUGAGCCAUUAUACCCCAACCUGGGUGACAGGAUGAGAGUGAGACCCUGUCUUAAAAAAAAAAAAGGAAGAAAGCAAAGAAAAAAAUUUAUUUUUGUGACAAGGUCUCUUUCUGUCUCCCAAGCUGGAGUGCAAUGGCAUCAUCAUAGCCCACUGCAGCCUCAAACUCCCAGGCUCAAGGCAUCCUCCUGCCAUAAUGGCCUCCCAAAGUGUUGAGAUUACAGGCAUAAGCCACUGUGAGGCUAGAUUUUUUUCUUUUUUUGAAGCAAGGUUUGGCUCUGUCACCCAGGCUGGAGUGCAGUGGUGCAAUCUCGGCUCACUGCAACCUCUGCCUCCCAGGCUCAAGCGAUCCUCCUGCCUCAGCUUCUCAAGUAGGUGGAACUACAGGCACGUGCCACCAAGCCUGGCUACUUUUUGUAUUUUUUGUAAAGAAGGGGUCUUGAUACGUUGCCCAGGCUAGUCUUGAAUUCCUGGGUUACAGUGAUUCACCCACUUCGGCCUCCCAAAGUGCUGGGAUUACAGGUGUGAGUCACCACGACUGGCGAAAAAAUGUUAAGUGUUAAAAUCAAAAAGAAAAUUCACCAAGCCAUUUUGCAUAUUUUUCUGGAAAGAUACAGAUAUAUAUAUACACAUAUACAUAUAUAUAUAUAGAGAGAGAGAGAGAGAGAGAUACAGAUAGAUCUGGACUGGACACCUUAUAGUAUCAGUUGGGUAUAACUUUGUUGCAGAAAGGACAAAGGGAAAUGAUUAGAGUUAAGGCACAUAUAUGUGUAUAUAUAUGUGUGUGUGUGUUUAGGUGUAUGUUUUCCCAAUUCCUCAUACCACUCCUUUUUAUUAAUUUUUAUUGAGAUAUAAUUUAUACACCAUAAAUUCACCCUUUUAAAUAAGUGCAGAAUUUAGUGGGUUUUAGUAUAGUAUUUACAAGGCUGUACAGCCAUCACCACUAUUUAAUUCCAGAACAUUUUCAUCACCCCAGAAAGAAGCCCCAGAAUCACUGGCCCUACUCCCCAUUUCCUCUCCUAUUUCCUGGCAAGUAUUUACUUACUUCCUCUGAAUUUGCCCAUUUCGGACAUUUCAUAUAAAUGAAAUCAUACAAUACAUGAUUUCACUAAAUAAGACUUUUGUGUGUGGCUUCAAACAAUUUUUAAAAAUUGAGGUAAAGUAGGCAUAACACAACAUUUACACUCUAACCACUGCCCCCUCUCCCCACCUAUUUUUUGAGACAGGGUCUCACUCUGUCUUCCCAGCUGGAGUGCAGGGGUGUGAUCAUGACUCACUGCAACCUCAACCUCCCCGGGGCUCAGGUGAUCCUCCCACCUCAGUCUCACAAGUAACUGGCACCACAGGCACACACCACCAAACCUGGCUAAUUUUUGCAUUGUUUGUAGAGACAGGAUUUCGCUAUGUUGCCCAGGCUGGUCUUGAACUCCUGGACUCAAGUGAUCCUCCCACCUCGGCCUCCCAAAGUGCUGGUAUUACUAGCAUAAGCUACCACAUCUGAUUGUCUCUUAACCACUUUUAAGUGUACACAAUUCAGUAGUGUUGAGUAUAUUCACACUGUUGUACAACAAAUCUCCAGAACUUUUUCAUCUUCCCAAAUUGAAACUCUGUACCUAUUAAACACUAACUCCCCAUUCUCUCCUUCUCCCAGACCACAGUAACCACCCUUCUUACUUUCUGUCUAUGAAUCUGACCACUCUAAGUACCUCAUAUGAGAGGAAUCACACAGUAUUUGUCCUUUGGUGACUGGCUUCUUUCAAUUAGCAUAAUGCCCUCAAGGGUUCUCCAUGUUGUAACAUGCGUCAGAAUUUCCUGCCUUUCAAAGCUGAAUAAUAUAUCUGUUACAUAGAUCAAUCACAUUUGCGUUAUCCAUUCAUCAGUUAAUGCACAUGUAGGUUGUUUCCACCUUAUGGUCAUUGAGAAUACUGCUGCUGUAUACAUAUGUAUAUACAUUUCUGCAUGACAAUUUGUUUACAAUUUUUUUGACUAUAUAUGUAUGAAUAGAAUUACUGGGUCAUAUAGUAGCUCUAAGUUUAACUUUUUGAGUAACUGCCAAAGUAUUUUCCACAGGGUUAUAGUUUUACUUUCUCACUAGCAAUACAUAUGGUUCCAAUUUCACCAAAUCCUCCCCAACAUUUUUUAUUUUUAUUUUUUUUAAACAAUUACAGCCAUGCUAGUGAAUGUAAAGUGGCAUCUCAUUGUGGUUUGGGUUUUAAUUUUAUUUCAAUUUUUAAAAUCAAAAGAAUAUACUUGGUCUGAGGUGGUGGCUCACGCCUGUGAUCCCAGCAUUUUGGGGGGCCAAGGUGGGUGGAUCACCUGAGUUUAGGAGUUCAAGUCCAGCCUGGCCAACAUGGUGAAACCCCCUCUCUACUAAAAAUACAAAAAUUAGAUGGGUGUGGUGGCAGGUGCCUGUAAUGCCAGCUACUCGGGAGGCUGAAGCAAGAGAAUCACUUGACC